AUGUACCAGCACAUUCUCGCCCUAGCAUUUGCUGUGAAACAGAUCAAUGAGGACACCAAAUUCUUGCCAAACAUCACUUUGGGUUUCCACAUAAUCAAUGGCUACUACAUUGCAAAGAUGACCUAUAAGGCCACCCUGAACCUGCUUUGCACACAACAUAGGUUUGUCCCCAACUUCAUCUGUGAUUCUCAGAAAAAAAUAAUUACUGUCAUUGGAGGAUUGGUGACUGAAGUAUCUGCCAUUAUGGCCAACACUGUUGGCAUUUACAAGAUUCCACAGCUCACAUAUGGAUCAUUUUCCCCAGCACAUGGUGACAGAACUGCAUUUCCAUUUUUGUACCAGAUGAUCCCCAAUGAAGAUUAUCAAUACAGGGGGGUUGUCCAGUUACUUCAUCAUUUUGGAUGGACGUGGGUUGGGCUUUUGGCCGUGGAUGAUGACUUUGGGGACAGGUUUUUGCAGGUCAUCAUACCAUUGCUUACCCAGAAUAACAUCUGCUAUGCAUUCAUACUUAGAACACCCAAACGGACUUAUGUGGAUGAGUAUUUGAACUUCCUUUUAAGGCACUUAGAUGAUUAUCCAGUUCUUAUGGACAGAAAAGUCAAUGCAUGUUUUGUAAAUGGUGAACCUCCAUCCUGGCAUAAUUUGAGGAUGUUGCUGUUUUAUGCACCAUUAUUCUCAUUACCACCUGUUGGUAAAGUGUGGAUUGCAACAUCCCAAUGGGAUUUUGAAUCACUCUCUGUUCAAAGACUGUGGGACAUCCAGAAUUUCCAUGGUGCGAUAUCUUUCACAGUACACUCGAAUCAGCCACUUGGAUUCCAAAAUUUUAUAGACACCGUAAAACCUUCCUGGACAAACAACGAUGGUUUCAUUCAAAAUUUCUGGGAGCAGGCAUUCAACUGUUCCUUGAAAAUUUCCAGUGUGAAGAGCAAGACAUUAUGCACUGGCGAAGAGAAUUUGGAAAACCUUCCUCAUACUUUGUUUGAAAGGAACAUGAUUGGUCAUAGCUAUAAUGUCUGCAAUGCUGUUUAUGCUGUGGCACAUGCAUUACAUGCCAUACACACAUCCAGCUCCAGACACCGCAGACUGCUAGAAGGAGAGAGACUAAAAUUUCAGAUUAUACAGCCAUGGCUGUUCCAUCACUUCCUAAGAAGUGUUAUUUUCAACAACAGUGCUGGAGACACUGUGAAGUUUGAUGAAAAUCGAGAAUUAAUAGCAGGAUUUGAUGUUACAAACUGGGUGACUUUCCCAAACAACUCUUUUGUUAGAGUGAAAGUUGGAAGGCUGGAACCUCAGGCUCCUCCAGGCAAAGAGUUGGCCCUUAAUGAUGACCAAAUUGUGUGGCACAGAAGCUUUAACCAGGUCCUGCCACUUUCUGUGUGCAACGACAACUGCUAUCCUGGCUACAGCAGGAAAAAGAAGGAGGGAGAGAAAUUUUGCUGCUAUGAUUGUGCUCCGUGUCCAGAAGGGAUGAUCUCCAAUCAGAAAGACAUGGAUUUCUGUAUGAAAUGUCCAGAAGACCAGUAUCCCAACAAGGACAAUAAUCAAUGCAUUCCCCAAAUUCUAAGCUAUCUCUCUUACAAAGAACCUUUGGGAAUAAUCUUAACUGUGUUGACAAUCUUCUUCUCUGUGACCACAGUUUUAAUACUUGGAACCUUUAGGAAGUACCAGGACACUCCCAUAGUCAAAGCCAACAACCGGACCCUUACCUAUAUCCUCCUUGUCUCCCUCAUGUAUUGCUUCCUUUGUCCAUUGUUUUUCAUUGGACAUCCUGGGAAGGUGACCUGCCUCAUCCGACAAAUGGCUUUUGGUAUUGUCUUCUCACUCUCCCUUUCCACGGUGUUGGCAAAAACCAUCACAGUGGUUCUAGCAUUCAUGGCCACCAAACCAGGAUCUGGGAUGAGGAAAUGGGUGGGGAAAAGACUGACAAAUUCUCUUGUCCUUUCCGGCUCUUUUAUUCAAGUUGGCAUUUGUAUGGUUUGGCUGAUUACUUCUCCCCCGUUCCCAGAUAAGGACAUGAACUCACUGAAAGAGGAAAUCAUAGUGGAAUGCAAUGAGGGCUCAGCUUCCAUGUUUUAUUGUGUCCUGGGCUACAUGGGCUUCCUGGCCAUUGUGAGCUUCACUGUGGCGUUCUUUGCCCGGAAGCUACCUGACAGUUUCAAUGAAGCCAAAUUUAUCACUUUCAGCAUGUUGAUAUUUUGUAGUGUCUGGUUGUCCUUUGUUCCAACAUACCUGAGCACUAAAGGAAAAUACAUGGUAGCUGUUGAGAUCUUUUCCAUCCUAUGCUCUGGUGCUGGAUUAUUGUGUUCUAUUUUCUUCCCGAAAUGCUACAUAAUUAUUCUGAGGCCAGACUUGAACAAUAAGGACCAUUUAAUAAGAAGAUAA